CCCCACGCCCCACCCCUGACUUGCUAAGAAUACCCAGGUGAGCCGUCCAGGGGUGUGGUUCACAGAAAAAUCCUUCAGCUAUACCUCCCCUCUUACCGCUCUGUCCUCGUUUUCUUUUUCCCACGCUGAUAAAGGAGAAGAAGGUUUGACCCUUGAAACAGAAAACACUCACUUUUGGAUUUUUCUUCUUUACAAAUCAACUGAAUCUUGGAGCCAUGGGGGGACUGCAGUGCAUCAAAUACCUGGUGUUUGUGUUCAACUUUCUCUUCUGGCUGGCAGGUACUGGAGUGCUGGCUGUGGGCCUUUGGCUGCGUUUUGACUCCAGGACAGCAGGACUGUUUGAAGGAGAGGAGUCGCCUACAGUCUUCUUCACUGGUGUGUACAUCCUGAUCGCUGCGGGGGCUCUGAUGAUGAUCGUGGGCUUCCUCGGAUGCUGCGGCGCCAUUAAAGAGUCGCCGUGCAUGCUGGGAUUGUUCUUCCUCUUCCUGCUCCUCAUCUUCGCUGUGGAAGUGGCUGCCGGGAUCUGGGGCCUCUCCAAUAAAGACAAGGUGGUGGAGGAUGUUACAGAGUUCUAUAAGCAGACCUACAACAACUACAAAGACACCAGACAGGAAGCACUGAAGGAGACCCUGCGUCUCAUCCACUUUGGACUGAACUGCUGCGGCCCCACAGGGACUGUGAUCGAUGCUGCCAGAGAUAUCUGCCCCAAGAAGGAGGGACUGGAGGCCCUCAUCACCACGAGCUGUCCGGCUGCCAUCGACGAGAUGUUCAACAACAAGCUGCACAUCAUCGGCGGGGUCGGCAUCGGUAUCGGUGUCAUCAUGAUCUUUGGGAUGAUCUUCAGCAUGAUGCUCUGCUGUGCCAUUAAGAGGUCCAGGGACUUUGUCUGAACAGCCACAAAAAAACCACACACACACAAAACUCCCUCUUUAACUUACCUCUGCUUUAGAGUUUGUAUCAGUUUAAUAACCUUAAUCGCCAUCCUUCAUACUCCACCCAUACUGGAUGGCCAAGUCGACCUGUGAGAGUAUGGAACCUGUGCUAUGACCUAAAUUUUUGUCUCUUUGCCACUCUGGGUACAAAUAAAAUCUCCCCUCAGAUUGUGCAAAGCAAAUCGAACAAAGGGGUGUUUUUUGUUUUUUAUUCAGUCUGGUAUCUAAUUUAAUGGAUUCAACUUUUCAACACAACACACAGAACAGGUUGAUCACUGGCAGGAAGAAAGAGACAUUAACGACUCUGCUGCCCUCUAGAGGACGUUGAGUCCUAUUAACAGCUGUUGAUUUUGUCAGCUCUGCACUGUUGGAUAAUAUUGACUUCAGUUUAUGUAACAUUGUGUGUUAAGUUUGCCUGUGGUCAUUUGUAAUCUAACGGGUCUAUUUGCAGCUAACUGAAUUUUACUGUGAGGACUCAUUUUGUUUUAAAUUUUGCUCAUUCCUGAAGUUAAACAUUUGAUGCUUUUGAAUUUUUUUUAUAUGUAAAAGCAGAACUGUGGCGUUUUAUGCAAAUAUUAUGAAGAAUGCAGUUCAAAUAAAUCUUUAAAAAGGCCAAAUAAAUGAACUAAUGAACACCUG